AUGAAGCUGACCAUUGCCAUCGCCCUAGCGAGCAUCCUGCUCCUUAGCGUCGCCCAUGUCGCCCAAGGUUGUGAUUGUGGUUGCCCCACGACCUCUCCCAAGCCCUGCGAAACAACGGUACCGACUUGUGCGCCAACAACAACCACUUGUGCUCCACCCACAAGUCCACCUCCAUGCACAGACGCCCCCACGACAUCUAAAAGGACAACGGAAAAAUCCACCACAAGGGGAACCACCACAACAACUAGAGAAACAACAACUAGACCUACAACAACUACAACCACCACAACUAAACGUCCAACAACUAGGUCUACAACAACUAAACAUACAACAACUACAACCACCACAACUAGACGUCCAACCACUACAACCACCACAACUAGACGUCCAACAACUACAACCACCACAACUAGACGUCCAACAACUACAACCACCACAACUAGUCAUACAACUAAAUCCACCACAUCUAAGCGUCCAACACGAGAGACCACCACCACAUCUAAGCGUCCAACACAAGAGACCACCACCACAUCUAAGCGUCCAACACGAGAGACGACCACCACAUCUAAGCGUCCAACACGAGAGACGACCACCACAUCUAAGCGUCCAACACGAGAGACCACCACAACCACUAGACGUGCAACACAAGCAACCACCACACCUAAACCCACCAACCAGCCUGGCUGUGGCUGCAAGUCCUGCGGUCCUGGAGGCGUACCCUGCGGUAGCUGUCCCAAGAGGCAGGACCUGUGCACGGAUCUUAACAACUUACUCCGCCAGCUGGAGCGCAGGGUCCGCGAGUGCGUCUGCGGCCAACCCGUGUGGUUGUUGUAA